AUGAACUCGUUGUAUACCUCUGGUGUUCGCCAGACAAACUCACUUCAAAGCGACCUUGAACGCCUGCGUAAUGGAGACAAUUCCGCAGCGUUGCUAGGCCAGAUAUCCGCUUCUUUGUCCGCCAUGCAUAGGACCAUUGAGGAUUACGAUUCAAUGGCAAAGCGCGAAAUGAUAAAGGCAAAGCAGGAGAAGGCCCAGAUGCGUGUGUCCAAGUUCAGAACCGACUAUACCGAAAUGCGAAAUCAAUUUGAGAAACUAAAGGCAGAAGCAGCACAGGCAAAUGAGACUGCUCGAAGAGCCGAGCUCAUUCCAACAUCCGCCACGCCCCUCUCACCUUCGGAUACACGACAACGACGUUUCCAAACGACAAACCCACCACGAUCGACCAUACAUCCUGGGCUUCGCGCAGAACAACCCGAAGUCGUCUCAGAAUCUCCCUUCCGUGCCUCCACUCCGCAAAACGGGUUUGGCCGAGAGCACCGAGCGUUGGAUGAGCAUACCUUCAUUCAAAACACGGACACCCGGCUGGAUGAGUUCCUCGCACAGGGUAGGGAGGUGCUGGAGAACCUAAAAGACCAGCGGAACAUGUUGAAAGGGACGCAAAGAAGGCUUUUGGACGCUGCAAAUACGUUGGGUUUGAGUAGGAAUGUUAUUGGCUGGAUUGAGAAGCGAAGUACCCAGGACAUGUACAUCUUUUUGGGUGGAGCUGUUUUCACGUUCUUUUGCUUCUACUUGAUAUGGAGCUACUUUGGUUGA